AUGGCCAUUGUACCGCUGCAGAGGCUGAUGGAGGCUCACAAGGUGGAGAUGAUGCGCGCCGAGCAGCGCCACGAGGCGGAGGUCAGCCGCCGCUUGGAGGAGCAGGUAGCGGCGGUUCGCUCUGUGGCGGCGGCGGAGCAUGCCGCGGCGCUCGAGGUGGAGCGGGCAGCUGCCCGGGAUCAAAUCAAAGAUGCUCAGAACAGGUUUGAGGUUGAGCUCCAGUCACUGCGCAUGCGCCUGGCGGCGGAGCACCAGAUGCAGCUGGACAGAGCCGACACGGCCCGGCGUGAAGACCAGGCCCGCGUGCAGCAGCAGGCGGCUGAGUGCGAGCAGCUGGCGGCGGCGCGUGGCGGCACUGCGCGGGGAGAGGCGUGGCGUGCGGCCGCCAGCGAGCGGGCACGGCGGGAGAUGGAGGGGCGCGAGGCGGCGCUGCGGCGCCAGCUGGCAGCUGAGCGGGACGAGGAGCUGGCGGCUGUGGUGGCGCGCCUGGAGGAGGAUGCUCUGGCCAAGGAGGGCCAGCUGCAGGCAAGGCUUGUGAAGCAGCUGGCGGCGGGCGAGGCGGCGGCGGAGGCCAAGUGGCGGGAGGAGGUGUCGCGCCUGCGGGACACGGAGCGCAGCCUCACAGACACAUGCGGUGCAGCUGAGGCGCGGGCGGCAGCCGCGGAGGCCAAGAUUGUGCGGCUGGAGGAGCUGGUUCACACGCUGCAGCGGGAGCUGGCAGCGGCCAGGAAGGAGGCUGUUCACCGGCAGGACGCUGCGGCGGCAGCGCUGCGCAGCGCCAGCGAGCAGCAUGCCCAGGAGCUGAGGGCGGUGGAGCAGCGGGCUGCUGCUGCCGAGCAGGAGGCGGGCGCUGUGCAGGAGGAGGUGGCGGCGCUGAGGGAGAAACGGGUCAAGGAGAUGGAUGAGAUAGAGAGCCGCUUCAGGGAGUUGGUGGAGACCAAGAACGGCACCAUAGCGUCCCUGACACAGCAGCUGCAGGAGCUGCAUGCCGCGGUGUCGUAG